CACUGUCCCACUUCUCACUGUGCGGGGCUCUGUGCGGUUCGGUGCGGAUCGCGGAGCUGAGCGCUGCCGCCGUGUCCCAUGUCGGCUCCGUUCGAGGAGCGCAGCGGGGUGGUGCCCUGCGGGACGCCCUGGGGCCGCUGGUACCAGACGCUGGAGGAGGUGUUCAUCGAGGUGCGCGUCCCGCCGGGCACCCGCGCCAAGGACGUGCGCUGCAGCCUGCGGAGCCGGCACAUCUCCCUGGCCGUGGGCGGGCAGGAGCUGCUGCAGGGUAAACUUUUUGACUCUACAGUAACUGAUGAAGGAACGUGGACCUUAGAAGACAGGCAGCUGAUACGAAUUGUUCUAAUGAAGACAAACAGAGAUGCUGGAAACUGUUGGACAUCUCUGUUAGAAAAUGAAUAUGCUGCUGAUCCUUGGGUACAGGACCAGAUGCAAAGGAAACUUACACUGGAGAGAUUCCAAAGAGAAAACCCUGGGUUUGACUUCAGUGGGGCAGAAAUUUCUGGGAACUACAGCAAAGGAGGACCAGACUUUUCUAGCCUUGAAAAAUGAACUUUUUAUAUGCGACUCUUUAGACAAAUUACAUGUUACAGUUAAGGACUGGAAUCAUGUAACUGUUGAAGACUUCAGUGAUCUCUACAAUGGAUUGUUGUCAAAAGUAAUUACUUCAGUGAAGAGAAAGAUCUUUUCCAGCAGAAUGAAGACAAAGUGUUACCAGCUGAUUUAUAAGCUGUGAUAACUUUAUGAUACUAAGGCAUAAACGAUAGAGAAAGGUGUACAUAAAAAAGUAACGUCUUUGAGCAGAAUGUUUGGUUUGGGUGUUUUUUUCUUUUUAGAAACACCAUAGUAAACGAAUCAGUUAUAAAUUUA